GUCUCUGCACAGUGUUCCCUUCUGGCUGUGCAUCAGCCCAGUCCUUCCCCUUCCCCUCCUGCCCACCAAACGGUGGAGGAACACAAGGGCCUUAUAAGCCUGUGUACCUGGAUCUGUGUCCUGAAAACAAGGUAGCAUUGUUGGUGGCUAUGGCCCGCAUCAUUGACGUGGUGCCUUGUGACGACGGUUCUGCCCAUGUGUAUGCGUCCCCGGCCAUCCUUCUCCCACUGCAGCGGCAGCGCAACCAGCUGGCCGGCGUGAAGCAUCAGCUCUACCACCCAGCCCUGCCCACCCUGCGCCGCAUGGACAUGGACUCAGUCAAAGCCUGCCUCCCCGACACACACUGCCAGUCCUCCACCUAUUGCAGCAAAGAUGAGUUUGACAAUGUCCGGUUCUCACUCCUGGGGGUUCCCAACAAGCCUCUGCAGUGCUUGGGCAUCACACAAAGCGGCCAGAAGCUCCACGAUAAGUACCGAGAGGGAAAGCUGCAGCCCAUCGCUCCAGGCAUCAACUGCGUGAGGUGGCCCUCCUACAAGCACGCCAUUGAGGACUGGUCCCGCUUCCUGAGCUCAGGCGAGAAGUUCAAGAGGCCCUGCCCAAGCAAGAAGGUGGAGCAUUUCUGCGGCUACGGGGUGCGACGCUUGAAGCCCGAAGUGACCCAGAACUGGCGGUACUGUCUCAAUCAGAACCCCAAUGUAGACCGCUUCGGACAGAAGCCCUUGCCCUACAACGCGCUGAAUGCUUUCAGAACCUUCGGAUCCCAUUACAGUCGUGCCAACUACCUGACUCCCUGGCAUUAA